UUUUUUAAACAUUUUAUGCUUUUAUAAAAAUGAUGAUUCCAUUAUGAUGAUUCCAUCAAUUUUUUAAUUAUUUUAUACACUUGUUUAUAUAAUCAGUUUAUAUAUUCACUUACAAAAAAAAAUUGUGUUCUGAAAGUGAAGUGUACUUGUUUUUUUUUUCACUUUUACUGACUCUAUUACCCCAUCAGGAGGGUAAAAAAUAAGCAACCGUUCUGUAACAAUAAUACAACAACUAGACAACUAUAGACAAAUAAAUCCCGUUGAUAUAAGCUUUAUAUGAGGUUGAUUCCUUGUAUAAAAGCAAGUAAUGAUCUAGGGUCCUUUUGGGAGGACGAGGACGUAUUGGAAGGGACAGGGAAGAAAUAUCACCCUUGUCCUUUCACAUAUAUCAACGGGAUAUCAACUGCUAAACGAGCUGAAAAAUUUGAAAAACUGGAGGGAAUAAAGGACAAGACGAAAAAAGUACAAUUGGAUAUUGUUCAUCUAAAAAAUGACAUGGAUAGAUCAAAAAUUCCAGGAAUUAUAUCGUACGAUAUAAAAACAUCUGGCACGAGUGUGGUACGCGAGAAAAUGAGUGAAUUCAGCGAUCGUGAAUUGGAGGCGAGAUUUCAAGCCUACAUCGUCAAUGAACAGGAAUUAUUUGCCCGUGGAUUUCCCGAAUACGAUAAAAAUUAUCCCGGCUACGCUCGCGUUUACGUUGGAAAAUAUGAGAAUUUCAAGAGAACAAAAUUUUCCAAUUUCACUCUCUACGAGACGGAGGUAUUGCGAAAGUGUGCAAGAUGCUCGCGCUUCUUUCCCAUGGAUGGAAUAACAGGCGAUUAUUUACACGGCGGUGAGACAUGCUUCGUUCAUCCCGGUAAAUUAAUUCAAGGCAAAUGGCAAUGUUGCGGCAGUUUGGUUUACGAGAGUCAAUAUUGCGCCACAUAUCCAAUUCACGUGUGGAGUGGAUUCACCGAUGGAAUCAAUGAAUCGCUCCUCGGCUAUGUGGAAACAUUGCCAAUUGGCGAUUUGGCUCUGGAAAAAACACGCUACGGCGUUUAUGCACUCGAUUGUGAGAUGGCAUUCACAAAACGUGGAAUGGAGGUGAUUAAAAUUUCUGUUGUGAAAAUGAAUGGAAAUGUGAUUUACGAUCAUUUUGUUAAGCCAUACGAUGAAAUUGUUGAUUAUGGAACGGAAAUUCAUGGUAUCACGGAAACGGAAGUGGCAACAGCGACAAAAACAUUGGCCGAUGUGCAAAAUGAUUUACGUCAAUUUAUUCACGCCGAAUCAUUGAUUAUUGGUCAUGGUGUUUAUAAUGAUCUUCGUAUUAUGCGUUUCAUUCAUAAACGAGUUAUUGACAGUUCAAUUGUAUUUAAACAUGAGAAUGGACCGCAAUAUUGUUAUAGUUUAAAAACAUUGUCGAAAUUAGUGUUGAAUAAAGAAAUUCGUGCACCUGGUGAAUGUCAUGAUUCAAUACAGGAUGCAACUUUGGCUAUGGAAAUAAUGUUACGUAAAUUAGAAAUUGAUGUUGACGCUCGCAGAAAAAUGCGUAAUUUAUAUUCUAGUUAAUAUUUUUUCUUUUUUUUCUUUUCUUUAAAAAUUAGAAAAAUUUGUAAAUAUAAUAUUGUAAAUAGAUAGUAAGUACAAUAUCCGUUGUAUAUUGUAUAGAAAGCGAAGGUGGGAGAAAGUUAUUAAUGAUAUGUAUUAACAAAAAUAUUGUUUUCAAACAAUAUAUUAUAGAAAUUUCAAAAACGGCUGUGUAAAUGAAUAAACAAAUAGAUAGAUAAAUAAAUUAAUAAAUUAAUAAAUAAAUAGAUAGAUAGAUAA